UCUAGCGUCGCCUUUGAAAAUCUCCAUAGCACUAAUUCUUGUACGAUAAAAAAGCCCUUGAAGUUGUCCAUCCAAUGGUGCUAAACUUGUUUAGAUUGUGGUAUUAAUAUUUUACUCUGGGGUGCAACCAUGGAGCAAUAAACUCCAUGGUGCAACGAACGAGCGACUGUUAUGACAUGUGUAGCGCCCUCCAGCUGCAGUUCUCGAGACGGCUGCAUAGAUACUGUAUGUACUACACGUGCACAAUGGAGUGCAGCAGCUGCAGCAGCUACACGUAGCGCGCCCCACACAGGAAAUAAAGAAAAGCACAUUUCUUUGUGCGUCUUUCUCGGCUCCACAAUGAAAAUGUCUUGGCCUAAAGUCAUAUUAUUUGGAGACUCUCUCUCACAGUUUGCUUUUAGUGAAGGGGGAUGGGGCUCAUCUCUUGCAAAUUUAUUGCAAAGGAAGUGUGACGUUCUAAACAGAGGGUUCUCUGGCUACAACUCCACAUGGGGUCGCAUCGCUCUACCGAGAUGCAUUCCAAAGGAAGACAUACCCUACAUUGCUAUGGUUACCAUCUUCUUCGGAGCCAAUGACUCUGUUCUGGAGGAGACGAGGGGUGCUAAAUUUGUCAGCCUGGACGACUUCUCUGCAAAUCUGCAGGAUAUGGUUCAGUAUUUAGUAGAUGGAGGCAUGCAGUCAGAUAACAUCAUUAUCAUUUCACCACCACCACUAGACGACAAAGUCUGGAGCAAGGGAUGCCUGAAGAAUGACAGUCCUGUCAAUCGGAAAAACUCCAACACUGGGCUGUACGCCAAGGCAUGCUGCCGAGUAUCAAAGGAAUGCUCCGUUGAAUGCUUAGAUGUGUGGACACUGAUGCAGGAAGAGCAGAAUUGGCAAAGGUUCCUGGUGGAUGGUCUUCACCUAUCCGAGGAAGGUUCCAGAUUCCUCGGACAACAUCUUCUGAGAAUGGCAGAGGUAAGAACAAGCAAGCUCUCGACGCAACUCCCCGACUGGAAAGAUAUCGACGUCGCCAAUCCUGAAAAAAGCUUCCCCUCAUGAAAUUUCAAAGGCUCUAAGGUUUGUGAUUGUUGUUAAAUCAUGAAACUGAUGAGAGUUCCCGCAUCUGCGGAAAUUUCUUUGGGUAUUUUCCUAAGCCUUAUGGACGUUUGCAGGGCUUGGACUUAAUACUGGACGGC